UGCGCAACGCACAUUAGUUCUGUGGAUCACAUUCUUUCUGGCGCCUUUACAGGCAGGCUCGGAGGAGCCAUACUCGUCAAGGAGGUGGUGAAUGUCGAUGUAAGUGGCAAGUACGAGAGAGCGCUCAUGACGGGCAAGCACGUCAUCGCCGACAUCUCGUGCGGAGUCUGUCAAGAGCGGAUUGGAUGGAAGUAUCUCGAAGCACCCAAGGGCCAGGAGUACAAGGUCAACCACUUUAUAUUGGAGAGGCAGCUUGUG